CUCCACCACAGCUCCCACCACAGCUCCCACCACAGCUCCCACCACAGCUCCCACCACAGCUCCCACCACAGCUCCCACCACAGCUCCCACCACAGCUCCCACCACAGCUCCCACCACAGCUCCCACCACAGCUCCCACCACAGCUCCCACCACAGCUCCCACCACAGCUCCCACCACAGCUCCCACCACAGCUCCCACCACAGCUCCCACCACAGCUCCCACCACAGCUCCCACCACAGCUCCCACCACAGCUCCCACCACAGCUCCCACCACAGCUCCCACCACAGCUCCCACCACAGCUCCCACCACAGCUCCCACCACAGCUCCCACCACAGCUCCCACCCCAACGACGACAACGACGUUCCCUACCUCCACAACAACCACCACUACGACCACAACGACAUCAAACUUAUUUACAACGUCAACGGCGUUCUCCACGUCGACAACAACCAGCCCCAAGGAAGAGUCGUCAUAUUUGA